AUGUCAUUAGGAUGUUUUGUGGUGAUAGGAGUUCUAUAUCAAACAUUCCUUAAACGUCUGAAAGUCAUUGAAGAUUCAAGCAUGAUUUCAGAUGGUUAUGGUUCUCCAUAUGAAGCUACAUUUUACUGA